GGACUUCACCAUCGAGGCCUCUGAGUCUGAGUCCGUGGGCGAAUAUUUAGUAUCUUGUCAUUUCGAUACAAACAAAUGAAUCCUUCCUGUCAGAUCUCUGGAAGUGCAAAGCAUAAAGUCCACGGAAUGUAUUGACAUCUGUGUUUGCUAAGAUUUUGUUUGUUUCUUUUUCUCAGGGCUGGUGGCGGACGAGGCUGAGGAUCAGGGGAUGAGGUUAUAAAAACAACAGCGGAGGAAAAAAGGAAAAAAGAAAAGAACGAGGGAGUCGAUUGCUCGGAAACUCUUCUUUUUUGUAUCAUCAUACCCUGCGGUCCUAAAAGGCACUGACUGACCCCGAAGAGGAUUACACACUCAAAAAUACACACCCACACCCACUCGCUCACACCUCCCCUCCCCUUCACCGUCAUGUCCUCCCACCUCAACCCACCCAUUCUUACCCUCCCCAUCCUCUUCCUCCUCCUCUCCCUGCCCUCCUCCACUCCCUCCUCCUCCUCCCUCCUCUCCUUCUUCCCACCGGAAGGAGGUCUCACACAUUUGGUGGUUCACAACAAAACGGGUGAGGUCUACCUGGGCGCCGUCAACUGGAUCUACAAGCUGUCAAGCAAUCUGACCAAGCUACGAAGCCACGUCACUGGCCCGGUAACGGACAACCCUCGCUGUUACCCUCCGCCAGGAGUCCAGUCCUGCCCCCACGAGCUGAUCCAGACCUCUAACGUCAAUAAACUCCUGCUUCUGGAUGCGGCCCACAACCGUUUAAUUGCCUGUGGGAGUACCUCCCAGGGAAUAUGCCAGUUCCUGCGUCUGGAUGAUUUGUUCAAGCUUGGCGAGCCGCACCACCGUAAAGAGCACUAUCUAUCCAGUGUUGCUGAGGCGGGCACCAUGUCCGGAGUUGUCAUUUCCCCGGAUCUUUUCGGCGGAGGUGGGAAACUGUUUGUCGGCACUCCAAUCGACGGGAAAUCUGAGUACUUCCCAACUCUGUCGAGCCGCAAGUUGAUGUCCAACGAGGAGAACGCCGACAUGUUCAGCUUCGUCUACCAGGACGAGUUCGUCUCGUCCCAGCUGAAGAUUCCCUCGGACACGCUUUCCAAGUUCCCGGCGUUCGACAUCUACUACAUCUACGGCUUCAACAGCGAGCAGUUUGUGUAUUAUCUCACGUUGCAGCUCGACACGCAGCUCACCUCGCCGGACGCGAGCAGCGAGCAAUUCUUCACCUCUAAAAUCGUCCGCCUGUGCGUCGACGAUCCCAAGUUCUACUCGUAUGUCGAGUUCCCAAUUGGCUGCACCAAGGACGGAGUGGAGUACCGCUUGGUUCAGGAUGCUUAUUUGGCCCGGCCGGGGACCCGUUUGGCUCGUUCGCUUGGUAUUCAAGAGCACGAGGAGGUUCUGUUUACUGUAUUCGCCCAGGGUCAGAAGAACAGAGCCAAGCCGCCCAAGGAGUCGGCUUUGUGUCUGUUCACAAUGAGACGGAUAAAGGAGAAGAUUAAAGAGAGGAUUCAGUCGUGCUACAGAGGCGAGGGGAAACUCUCCCUUCCUUGGCUGCUGAACAAGGAGCUGGCGUGCAUCAACUCGCCUCUGCAGAUAGAUGAUAACUUCUGCGGCCAAGACUUCAACCAGCCUCUAGGGGGCACCACCGCCAUCGAAGGCAUCCCGCUCUACGUGGAUAAAGACGACGGCAUGACGUCAGUGGCGGCCUACAACUACCACGGACACACCGUGGCCUUCACAGGCACCCGCAGCGGGCGCAUGAAGAAGAUCCUGGUGAACUCCGUUACCCAGCCUGCCUUGCUGUAUGAAAAUGUUCUGGUGAGCGACGGGAGCCCCAUCCUGAGAGAUCUGCUCUUCAGCCCGGAUCAUCAGUACUUAUACGCCCUCACCGACCAACAGGUUACUCGUGUUCCAGUGGAGAGCUGUGAGCAGUACAGCUCCUGUGGAGCCUGUCUGGGAUCAGGGGACCCUCACUGUGGCUGGUGUGUGCUACAUAAUAUAUGCUCAAGGAAGGAUCACUGUGAGCGAGCAGAGGAGCCUCAGCGUUUCACCACCAGGGUGGAGCAGUGUGUCCGGCUCUCCGUCCAACCCGACACUGUCUCCGUCACCAUGUCAGAAGUGCAGUUGUCACUUCAAACGCAGAAUGUGCCCAGUCUGUCCGCUGGAGUCAACUGCUCCUUUGAGGACUAUGUAGAGACAGAAGGACGCAUUUAUGGUGGACGGAUCUUCUGCCUGUCUCCCUCUACAAAAGACGUGUCCCCCAUCACACGAGACCAAGGUGACCAACGUGUUAUAAAGUUGUAUCUGAAGUCGAAGGAGACCGGGAAGAAGUUUGCCAGUGUUGACUUUGUCUUCUACAACUGCAGCGUCCACCAAUCGUGCCUGUCCUGCGUUAACGGCAACUUCCCCUGUCACUGGUGCAAAUAUCGCCACAUGUGCACGCAGGACGCCAGCGACUGCUCCUUCCAGGAGGGACGAGUCAACACCUCGGAGGAGUGCCCUCAGAUCCUGCCCUCCACCCAGAUCUAUAUCCCCGCUGGAGUUAUGAGGCCGAUCACCCUGCUGGCCCAGAACCUGCCCCAGCCUCAGUCCGGACAGAGGAACUACGAGUGUAUUUUCCACAUCCAGGGCAACACGCACAGCGUCCCGGCUCUGAGGUUCAACAGCACCAGCAUCCAGUGUCAGAAGACCACGUACGACUACGAGGGCGGUGACAUCAGCGACCUACCAGUCGACCUGUCUGUGGUGUGGAAUGGAAACUUUGUCAUCGACAACCCGUUCAACAUUCAAGCCCACCUGUAUAAGUGCCGAGCGCUGCGGGACAGCUGUGGUAUGUGUCUGAAGGCCGACCCCCGGUUUGAAUGCGGUUGGUGUGUCCAGGACAGGAAGUGCUCCCUCAGGCAGGAGUGUACCGGUGGAGGGAACUCCCACCUCCCUCUGCAGCUGGCUGAAGGAGGAGGGUGGAUGCACGCCACCUCCGGGAACAGCCGCUGCACCCACCCCAAGAUCACUAAGUUGUUCCCUGAGACGGGGCCCCGGCAGGGGGGCACCCGGGUGACCAUCCUGGGGGAGAACCUGGGUCUUCAGUUCAGAGACAUCCAGAUGGGAGUCAGGCUGGGCAAGGUGCCCUGCGUCGCCAUCGAGGAGGAAUAUGUCAGCGCAGAGAGGAUCGUGUGUCUGCUGAAUGACGCCACCGGCUACAGAGUCCAGGAGGCUCAGGUGGAGGUGUGUGUGAGAGACUGUGUCAACGACUACAGAGCUCUGUCGCCCCGACCCUUCACCUUCGUGACGCCGUUCUUCACCCGCAUCCAGCCGUCUCAGGGUCCGAUCUCUGGAGGCACCCGGGUCACCAUCGAGGGAAGCUACCUGAACGCAGGCAGCUACGUCUCCGUCAGCAUCGGACUGCAGCCCUGCUACUUCAAAAAGAGGAACGCCCGUGAGAUCGUGUGCGUGACUCCAGCUGGAGCGGCGGCGGGCAGCGCGUCCGUCUCCGUCGACAUCGACGACGCCGAGCUCCGAAACCCGGAGGUGAAGUUCAACUACACUGAAGACCCGACGGUCCUGAGGAUAGAACCGGACUGGAGCAUCGCCAGCGGUGGGACUCUGCUGACAGUGAGCGGGACCAACCUGGCAACCAUCCGAGAGCCAAAGAUCAGGGCCAAGUACGGCCAGGCCGAGUCCUUUCAUAACUGUACGGUGUACAAUAACUCCGUCAUGGUGUGUCUGGCUCCAUCGGUGGCGGAUUCAGAACUGGGUUUCUCAGAGACCGGCACAGGCCCGGAUGAGAUCGGGUUCUACAUGGACAACGUGAACGCUCUGGUGGUGGUCAACGAGACGUUCAGCUACUACCCCGACCCCGUGUUCGAGCCCCUGAGUCCCUCCGGCAUCCUGGAGCUCAAGCCCACAUCGCCACUUAUUCUAAAGGGUCGUAACCUGAUCCCAGCAGCUCCCGGCAACAGUCGCCUCAACUACACGGUGCUGAUCGGAGAGACUCCCUGCGUCCUCACGCUGUCGGAGAGCCAGCUGCUGUGUGAAUGGCCCAACCUCACCGGACAGCACAAAGUCACGAUCCGUGCUGGUGGGUUCGAGUACUCCCCCGGGACUCUUCACAUCUACUCCGACAGCCUGCUGACGCUUCCUGCCAUCAUCGGCAUCGGAGGCGGCGGCGGCCUGCUGCUGCUCGUCAUCAUCGCCGUGCUGAUCGCCUACAAGAGGAAGUCACGGGACGCCGACCGCACCUUGAAACGUCUGCAGCUCCAGAUGGACAACCUGGAGUCCAGAGUGGCCCUGGAGUGUAAAGAAGCUUUUGCCGAGCUUCAGACAGACAUCCAUGAGCUGACCCAGGAACUAGACGGAGCCGGGAUUCCCUUCCUGGACUAUCGGACUUACGCCAUGAGGGUCCUGUUCCCGGGCAUCGAGGACCACCCUGUGCUCAAGGAGAUGGAGGUACGGGUCCAGGCCAACGUUGAGAAGGCCCUGACUCUGUUCGGCCAGCUGCUGACCAAGAAACACUUCCUGCUGACGUUCAUACGAACCCUGGAGGCUCAGAGGUCGUUUUCAAUGCGGGAUCGAGGCAACGUGGCGUCUCUGAUCAUGACGGCGCUGCAGGGGGAGAUGGAGUACGCCACCGGGGUCCUCAAACAGCUUCUGUCAGACCUGAUCGACAGAAACCUGGAGAGCAAGAACCACCCCAAGCUGCUGCUCCGGAGGACGGAGUCUGUGGCUGAGAAGAUGCUGACCAACUGGUUUACAUUCCUGCUGUACAAGUUCCUCAAGGAGUGUGCCGGCGAGCCUCUGUUCAUGCUUUACUGUGCCAUCAAGCAGCAGAUGGAGAAAGGACCCAUCGACGCCAUCACAGGAGAAGCCCGCUACUCCCUCAGCGAGGACAAGCUCAUCAGGCAGCAGAUCGACUACAAAACUCUGACGUUGCACUGUGUGAACCCGGAGAACGAGAACGCCCAGGAGGUGACGGUCAAGUGUCUGAACUGUGACACCAUCACUCAGGUCAAAGAGAAGCUGCUGGACGCUGUUUACAAGGGCAGCCCCUACUCACAGAGGCCCAAGGCUUCUGACAUGGACCUGGAAUGGCGUCAAGGUCGGAUGGCCAGAAUUAUUCUGCAGGAUGAAGACGUCACAACGAAGAUCGACAACGACUGGAAGAGACUCAACACACUGGCUCACUAUCAGGUAACAGACGGCUCAGUGAUCGCUCUGGUGCCGAAGCAGAACUCUGCCUACAACAUCUCCAACUCCUCCACCUUCACCAAGAGCCUCAGCAGAUACGAGAGCAUGCUGAGGACGGCCAGCAGUCCAGACAGCCUCCGCUCCAGAACCCCCAUGAUCACCCCCGACCUGGAGAGUGGAACCAAACUGUGGCAUCUGGUGAAGAACCACGACCACUCGGACCAGAGGGAGGGGGACCGGGGCAGCAAGAUGGUCUCCGAGAUCUACCUGACCAGGCUGCUGGCUACAAAGGGAACUCUCCAGAAGUUUGUGGACGACCUGUUUGAGACCAUCUUCAGUACGGCCCACAGAGGCAGCGCUCUGCCGCUCGCCAUCAAGUACAUGUUCGACUUCCUGGACGAGCAGGCCGACAAACACUCCAUCACAGACUACGACGUACGACACACCUGGAAGAGCAACUGUCUUCCUCUGCGGUUCUGGGUGAACGUCAUCAAGAACCCUCAGUUUGUGUUUGACAUCCAUAAGAACAGCAUCACAGACGCCUGUCUGUCUGUGGUGGCUCAGACCUUCAUGGACUCCUGUUCUACGUCAGAACACAAACUAGGAAAAGACUCGCCUUCAAAUAAACUCCUCUACGCUAAAGACAUCCCCAACUACAAGAACUGGGUAGAGAGGUAUUACUCCGAUAUCUCCCGUAUGCCAGCCAUCAGUGACCAGGACAUGAGUGCCUACCUAGCAGAGCAGUCCCGCCUGCACCUCAGCCAGUUCAACAGUAUGUCUGCACUGCACGAGAUCUACUCCUACAUCAUCAAAUACAAAGACGAGAUCCUGUCGGCGCUACAGAAGGACGAGCAGUCGCGCAGACAGCGGCUACGCGGCAAACUGGAGCAGGUCAUCGACACCAUGGCGCUGGCCAGCUGAGGACCGGCCCGCCAAACGCCUCGGCUGGGGGCCAACUGGCCCAACCAACACGCCUUCCCUUUGUCACAACUUUUUUGACAUUUUUGACCCUCGACGUUUGAAGUCUGUCGUCAUCAAACCUUCACAAACAGCAACGAAACAGCAGCGGAAAAAAAAAAAGACUGCGAGGUCCCGCAGCAGCAGCAGCAGCACACUGGAGAGACAGUUAGGAUCUACGGCCCCGCCAGCUGGGUUGGCUUUUCUUUUAUUUCUUCUCUCUUUUUCUCUCUCUGAGCCAACAACCCAGCUCCUAUCAACCAAAUCAAGCGACAUGGACCUCGAGCUCAGGAGAGCGUUUAUUCUCAUCAAGGCCCUCAUCAAGUCUGGGGGAGCAGCAGUUGGGUACUUUGGCCACAAUCAGGACCGGUUCAUGCACACUGGUGACAAAAACUCUUCUAGCUGGAGCUGAAAUGCUACAGGACAGCUAAUAGCUUUUCCAUAGCCGAGGCUUCACUUUUCAGACUGGGAGCCAAUAAGAAUCCAGGAUAUAUUGUUGCGAUACUUGAUCCCUGUAAGGAUUUUCUCUUUUCUGUUGCCAUCCCUCCACAGGGAGGUCAGAGGUCAGGGACGGCUGACAGCAGAGCAGCUUGUUGCUCAAAGACACUACAGCAUGGUGGUUGCUUGGCAACACAUAGGCUGCUGCAACUGCAGGGCAACCAGGAGGAAGGACUUUGCAGGGAAACUCUUCCUCCACUACUAACUCCAUCAACAACAACAACAAAACUCCACAUUUUCAGUUGGUUGGGCGGCAUAACUCAAUAUAUCAUAACAAUGGUUAGUUUUUUUGAUAAAAGCACCAAAUUUGGCAGAUGUGUUGAUAAUUAUAUUGGGAACCAAACUGGAUAUUGGGCCGUCACAAAUUCACACCCUGGUUGCCGUGGCAGCCAUUUUUAAAAAUGGUAACCAACAGUUGGUUAAACUUUCCUUUCCCAUUGGGCACAGAUGCAAUAAUGGACAUAAUCUAGAUCAGGGAUGGGCAACUGGAGGCCCGGGGCCCGCAUAAAGCCCACACCCUCACUUGAAGUGGCCCUCAGUACAACUACAUGCAUUUGUGCACAAAAGUGCAGUGUAAAAAUGCACAAAAUUACUUCUUGCAAUUAAUGUUGGUCUGCUGUUCUUGCACUGAAAACAAAAUAAAUCACAGUAAGUGGUUAUUUUUAAUUUGCUUCAAACCUUUUGCAUUCCUAUUUAUACUGUUAUUCAUGCAUUUGAGCAUGAAAUAUGUUAAGUUACUGCACUGUAAACAUAUUUAAAACUGCAGUUUCAUCAUAUCUGGUUAAGUGCAUGGUCCUAUAUGUGGCCCUGUGGUAGUGACGAUGGAAAAUUGUGGCCCCCUGCAGCAUCCCUGAUCUAGAUCCUAGAACCCUGAGAGCCAAAUCAAAGUCAAGAAAAUGAAGCCCCCCCGCACAGGAAUGUCAUACAGACAUGACAUUUUGUACGUACGUCUAUCAUGGGAAGACGCUCCGAAAUGUAACAAGAACCCAUACCCUAAAACGUACAGGAAGUCAGCCAUUUUGAAUAGAAAAAAAGGCAUUUCCUGCUGUUUUUGCCAAUUUCCAUGA